AUGACUGGCUUCACAGCGCGUCUGCGCUCUAGGAUGAGUUCUCUUCGUCCCCAACCUGCAUCUCGACACUGCGACAGAGGCGCCUGCGUCUUCAUGGACUUACCUUCAGCAAACCAUGUUUACGUCAUAGAUGACAGAAUAAAGGGCCUAUUACAAGCGGCUUAUUCAGACCCAUAUAAAGUUUUACAAACAGGGGAGACAAGUAUGGCUGAUUCUGAAAAAAGAACAUCAAAGGCAUGGCUAUAUUUUACAGAUUUAAAAAACAAUAAGGCGAAAUGUAACUUUUGCUCAAAAGUAAUGUCAUAUAAAGGCGGUGGCCCAUAUAAUUUAACUCGCCACACUAAGAGUCAACACCCAGGUGUUUUAGAUUCUGUUUCCGUACCACCUACUGAUGACUCUCCACCUACUGCUGUUGGAUCAACUUCGGAAAACUUUACGGAAAAUACAGAAAACUUUGACUUUUUUUAUACAAAUUGCAUGUUCUUAAUUUGUAGUUUACCUUGCCGCAAAACAUUAACUAAUGCUCUUUUGCGAAAUUAUUACAAUAUUGAAAAAGAUAAAAUUAAAAAACAAUUAGAAAAAGCAGACUACGUAGCAAUAACAACAGACGGGUGGACAUCGAAACCAAAUGAAAAUUAUAUAGCACUAAGUGUACACUUCCUAGAUAAAAAUACCGAAUUGCGGUCUCGUAUGUUGGAAUGCCACGUUACAGAAGAAAUGAGCUCAGAAAAGAAAGUAACCAUAUCACAAGUUAUUUUAAUUUCCAAUGCUCUAAAAAGAGAGUACUGUAAAUUCCUAGCAAGGGAAUCGCUUCCGGAAACAGUUCGACAAAUGGCCCAGGUUUUAUUCGAUGAGCUAUCCACGAGAUUUUAUAAUAUCGAGGAAAACAAUAUACUUGCCGAGAGCACGCUCUUAGAUCCCAGAUUUAAGAAACAUGGUUUUGUAAAUGACACUACAUAUGGGCGAGCAUGUUCAAAUUUAAAACAAUUAGUUGCUUAUGUCACUCUACAGCGUGACGUUGAAAAUGAUACCGAUGCAGAAAAGGAAAGACAGCCACAAUCCCCCAACAAGAAGACGCGUAGUAUCUGGGAUGAAUUUGAC